AUGACGUUGUUACAGCGCAAAGGUUAAAGUUGACGCGUUUUAAAAUUACGCAAGAGCUUUAUUAAAUAAAUAAAAUUAAAUACAAACAUUCGUAACGAAACGUUGUGGGGGGAUGUCACGGAAUCGCCGUAAAGUUGCCACGAUGUUUUUAUUUCGCGAGCGAAUGUUGUCUUUUAUUUUUCGCCGCCUCGGCCCUAACCCCGACACCGAUGAGAAACGGCCACGUUAGACGAUUGUAAAAGAUAGGUAGCCCCUUUUGCGCAUUCAAAGACUGUAGAAGUAGCGAAGUUACGUUUUCACAGGCGACAUUAGGACGUGAAAUAUUUCGGUAAAUUGUAUAUCGGACGUAAAAUGCCCAGAAAGAAACGCGUCCGGUGUCGGCAGCGCACAGGCGAAGGGUCCGAAAACCCCCUACGGCCUACACGCUCCUGCCGGGGAGGAAGCAUGGGAGGGCGGCCCAGGAACUAGCACCACGCGGGGUCAGGUCGUGGAUUCCAUGGUGUCCAUGUUCCCGAACCUGGACCCCCAGGUCGUCUACAUCGUGCUGGUGGAGUGCGACUUCAGCGCUGACGUGGCAAUGGACUCCCUGCUGGAGCUCAGCGGGGCUGUUGGGCCACGACAGCAGCUGAGAGCAGAAGGUUUGAAUGCCAUUGCUCACGAGCUGAUGAGCGGUGGCAGUAAUUGGAUUGGUGACUAUGAGCAACCAAGGUCAGCUACAAACACCGGUGAUAUCGUUUACACUUCAAGCUCAACGAAAGGACCUGCAGAUGAAUUGAAUUACGUUUAUCCAGCGGACAGUGUUGGCACUGUGUCAUCUGGUACGAGCAGAGCAGUGCAAAUUUCAGUAUCGUGCCUUCUUCAAUAGAUGACAGGUCUGCUUUGAAUCUGUUGCCAUCAGAGGCUGUGAGUUCAGUUUUGGAAGUAUCCUUUCCCUCCAGUAUUUUACAGGAAAGUGUUAUUGGAACCACUGGUUCAGAUCGGCAUCAUCAAAGCAACAUGAGUUCUGGAAAUUGUGGGUCAGUAAGCAGCAAUCCGGAGGGUAGUGGUGUGCCGUUCCUUCAGCAGCCUGCUGAAAAUUGCAAUGUUUCUUUUUCUGAUAAUUACGGAAGUAUAGUUUGCAGUGCAAAAGAAAAUAUGUGUGCAGACAGAGAUGAAAGUGUUGUGGAUGAAGCAGAGUUAGAACUGCAAAUGGCCAUCAAUGAAAUGGAAGAAAUUCAGCACAAUGAAGGCUCUGCGGUUUUACAAGGACCCCAGUCAAAUGUUGAGGGCUUAGCUGAUUCUGUAACAGAUGGAGUGAUACCUGCUGAUCGUGGCGCAAGACAAGAAAAUGCUAAAGAUGUUGAUACUUUAUCAUCUUCUCAUGGUUGGAGUGCAUCGGAGAUACCUGAUGCGGCAUUCAGGCCCACAUCUGAUUCUUUAAGAGAAAGUGGACAAACGGUCCAAAGUCGAUGGGUCCAUUGAGUCUCAGUGGCAACAAAAUGAGAAUAUUUCCACCUGGACAGUGGACACCAAUGCAGGUCUGGCCUCCCUCAUACAGCAGAGAGCAGACCCAUCCACUGAGCCAGCAUGAACAACCUAUGACGUGGCUGUCUGGCGGUGGCUGGCAAGGCUGGGGUGGCCAACCUCUGAUAUCAAACUUAGGACCGAUACCUACCACAGAUAACAGCUGGAAUCACCAGGUGUAUGGUUACACAGAGCCCGGUGGCAAUGUGUCCAGUAUGAAUCCGAUGGCAGUGCCGUUCGUUUUUCGUCCAAAUGCUCCAGUGCAGAAACAUGCACAUCCAUUGCCGAAGCAGCCUUGGCCAACGCAGGCCCCGCCUGUGCCUAGACAGCCAUUUCCGCUGAGCAAGAUGAGAUCCAGGUCUAAAGAGGGGAAGGUCCUCUUUGUGCUUCGUGGCUUGCCAGGAUCUGGGAAAUCAACCUUGGCCAGAAAUAUUAAGGAACAAGGUCCAAAUGGGGUUAUCCUGAGCACAGACGACUAUUUCGUUAAAAACGGGACUUACUGCUACGACCCCUCGGUGCUCGGCGAGGCGCAUGAAUGGAACCACAAAAGAGCCAGGGACGCGAUGGAUGCAGGAAUGUCACCCAUCAUUAUUGACAAUACCAACAUGCACAGCUGGGAGAUGAGACCCUACGUUGCCAUGGCACUGCAAAGGAAAUACAAGAUUGUUUUCAAAGAGCCCGAAACGCCAUGGAAGUUUAAGACCAGAGAACUGGAGAAGCGAAAUGUACAUGGAAUUUCUCGGGAGAAGAUAGUACGCAUGCUAAACAAUUACGAGCGUCACAUGACUGUGGAGAGAAUAAUGGGCUCCUUCAAAGCUCCACGUGACCAUUGGGUGGUGGGACAAGAAGACGUCAAGGGAAAAUCUAAACAGAUGCUUGCCCAGACUGAAAGAGCUGCCUUGCAGCAGGCUGUUAAUCAUGAAAACGGCUCGCGGUCGUGUGCAGGGCGACCAUCCAAUGGUUUUAAACAGCAUUCCCUUGGCAAUACAUCUUCUGAAGGGGCUGCAGUGACGGUGAAUAAAAAUAUCGAAGAUAACAGUGAUGCACGUUCAACAAAAAAUAUUCUUCUUCCAGACGUAUUGCCACUUGAAAGUAGGGCGGUUGCUGAGGGGUUACCAAAAACGUUGGCUUCUGAUUGCCAAGCUGAAGUCAUUGAACCCGACAAAUGUUUUGCAUCGAGCAAAACGGCUGAUAGUGGAAUGAAUGCUGCAGAUAAUCAAGUCACAGAUAAUCCAAUUGCAUUGAGCAUAACGAUGAAAAAAAGAACUCGAACGAGGCGCCUAAAGAGUCCAGCCAAACAGAUCCCCCAACAAACUUCUGAUCUUUCGAGAAAUGAAUUUGAUCCAAUAGAUGACUGGCCCUCGGAUACUCCCACUGUCCCCCUUGGCCAGAGAGUAAGAAGGCAACGGCAUGACUCCACGCCAAAUACAGAGGAAGUUGAGAGUCAGGCCGCUCCUGAUUUAACAAUUUGUCAUCUCCCUGGGUGUGAAACUGCAGCUUCUGCAAUCGGUGAAGUAAAUGAAAGCCUUGAUGCAGGAAAUGCACAAGAGAUGAGCAUUGAGAAGCUGCAGGAAGAUUUUGAGCCCAGCGCUACCCAGAAGCAACCAGAGAUUGAUGCUUGCGUGCCCGCUGACAUUGUCAGCACUGGGCCUGGAGAAGGAGCCGACAUGGCGGAAGAAGAUGUGUUUUCCGUUAAACAGCCGCACGAUCACACAGGAGCGGACUUCGAAAAAAACGAGGAAACCGUGCGUGGGCAGCCUGGGGGCAUUGUCAGUGCAUCAUGCACAGAUAAGGUUACUGCUGCCGUUGAAGGUCGGAUUACAGGACGUUCAGAUAACGUACCUCAUGUUCUGAAAGUGGCCAGUUCAUCGCUCGUUGCUGAAAAUCCCUUCUUGGCCCAGGUAAUGGAAACUGUCCGCUUGAAGCAGAACGAACAGCUGGCAGUUUCCAUUGAUGCAAUGGAAGGUUCUCAUGAUCCGAAAGGUGCAGCUGCUGUGACCUCCAUGCCCAGGUCUGCCAAAACAGUUGAGUUAGUUGCACAUUUCUCACAAGCGUUGAGCUUGCAGAAUGAUGAUAACACUGUGGUCGAUAGCCGCGAUAAGUCUGCGCGUCCUUUGGAUCGAAAACAUCAGUCCACUCACACAGCACCAGAGGACUUUGCGUUGAUAUGGAAGGUGACUAAAAACAAAUUGGAUAGUGUUGAUCCAUUUGUCGUCGUAUGCGGGAAUCCAGAUCGAUUUACUAUCCGUAAUGAAGCUGUUGCAACUGCUGAUGAAGUGGGCCCCAAUAUUCCAUAUAAAUUAAAACUUGACAAAGGUAUAUUAACAGACGACAUGGAGAAUCCUGAACCGGAGAGAGACGCAGAAUAUUUGGUAACACAUUUCAGAUCGGUCAGCAGAGAGGUUUUGGUGGACAUUUAUGAAAAAUGUAACAGGAAUUUAAACUGGACAGUGAAUGUUCUAAUCGAAUCGGGUGUUGAAAUGUCUGAAGAAAUCACAGGAAAAGAAACUGACACUGAAGUGUCAUCAUUCAUUGAUGAAGACGUGUUGCAGAAGAUACAAACCAUGGAGUGUUCAACCAAUCAAAAUACCCAAGUAUUGAACCGUGUAUUGCAAAGUGAUUCAUCAAUGCAACCAGACGUGCUUUGUCACACUGCUCGUGCUCAGCCUGUCGGAAAACAAACUGAAACUGGCCCCAGCAACACAAGCAUCGGCACUGGAAGCAAAGAAGAUGAAAGUGCAAUUGAUUUCUGCCCAAAAAAAUACGUUGUUGAGGAUACGUUGGUUGAUUGGUGGAAAAACACCCCGCCGAGGCCUGUCGGUGAAGUAAACACAGCAGUCUUGUCUGAUUGUGGACGUCAGCAAAUGGGUGAAGAAAUUGAUGGUACAACAGGCACUGGUGGCCAACACAUCGAUAAUGUCCAACCUAAAGGAAAUGUACCCGGAGAGAGCAGGAAUGAGGUUUCCUUAGGUCACGAAACUAAAGGUGCUGAUUGCGAACGUACGUUGGUGAACAAUGAUGUGAACCGCGUGGAAGGUGAAACGGACAAUCCUGCAGAGCGAGAAGAACGUGACUGCUGCGAAUACAGUGCUGCAAUUCAAGAUGACGCAAUGCUGGACAGAAAGAUUAUUACUUCCACGGAUGACAAGCUAAGAUCUUCAGACAACAGGGUGCGCGCCAGUGAGACCGUGACCACUUGGGAGCAGCUCGCCGCUUGGACGGCAAUGGCCCCAGGCAACGCAUCAAAUGCCUCGUUGGCGGCACCAGUCCUGGAAGCGGCUGGUACCUCGGAGACGCCGCCUGCACAGCCGGCGAUCACGAGGGGCAUCGAAAUAGAAGCGGGCGCAGUGCCGCGAGCACUGUCUCGCGGGGCCACGGAGGGCAGUGCCGUUGGUCAAGUGCGGGAAGUGGAAGGCGAUGAUUUAUUCGACAAGGGCCCGGGGGUGGGGAGGACUGCACAGCCUUUGGCGGGAGAUGGAGCCAAUUCCCUUCCCCACCUGUCCACCCUGGAGUUCUCUCUCCCCCACGAGCUGGCUAUACAGCUCAUAGAGCUCUUUGGCUCCAUUGGCCUGGAUGAGUCUACUGGUGAUUUUUCCUGUGGGGUUUCACUGGCCCCCGAGGACCUGGCGGUGCGAAUCGAUAUGAAAAUGGCGCAGAUGAUUCACCAGCAUUGGAAGGAUUCCGUCAUGGCCCGUCAGAAGGAAGAGGCCUUGUCUUACCAGCUUUUGCAAGAAGACGCGAGGUCGUCCCACCUUAUGAUGUCCGAGGACUACCAAGCAGCGGACAGGCCUUCGUUCUCGCAAAACCGCGGCCCCCCCAGACCCGGUAGUGCCUCUAAUGCCACGGCGAGCCGCCGACAGCAGUGGACGUCCAUGCCAGUGUCUCUGCUGCUGGGCCCCAGCGUCGACGAGGAUCUGUGGGAUUCUCCAUACGCGCCCAGCUACAGGCAGAGUCAGGGGCAGCCCUCGUCGCUGCUGGACAUCAUGUCGGAGGAGCUGGCCUCCCAGCUGAGUAGGGAAGAGGGAGGAGGAAAAACAAUGAGGACAAGAAAAGACGUGUCGGCUAAGUUGAAAGAACAGAAGUUGUUUGAGCUUUUCCCGGGCAUCGAUCGUCAGUUUCUUAUGGACGUCUACAGAGAUCAUGAUUACUCCCUGGAUAGCACGCAGCAGUUCCUGAGCUCCGUUCUGGCCACUGGCACCAGCCCAGCCCGCACGGUGGUGGCCUCCGACGUGUAUAGCGAGAACGAGCGGCAGGAACUACGGACGGCGCUACGGCUAAGCCUGCAGGAGCACGCGCUACACGGUACCGGCGGCGCCGGUAUUCCUGCCACCUCUUCAUCCUCGCAGUCCGUCGCAGGGCCCCGAGGGCAAGACAGCGAUGACGCCGCCUUCCAGGACACGGAAGCGCCGGACUACGCCGACUUCCGCGCAGAAGCCUUCGCGCACCACCAGCGGCGGAGAGAGUGCUUCCAGCGGGCGGCCGAGGCGUGCCACCGGGGAAUGCGCGACGUUGCCAUGCACUACGCGCGCCAGGGCCACCUGCACGGUGAGAAGAUGAAGGAGUCGAACGCGCUUGCGGCACAUGCCAUCCUGCAGCAGCGGAACGUGGCGCUGCUCCCGCACAGCAUCCUUGACCUGCAUGGACUUCACGUGGGCGAGGCCACGGCCGCCCUGGCUGACAUCCUCGAGCAGCGACAGAGAGAGUGCCAGGCCCAGGGAAAGUCAAGCGUUCUGUCAGUCAUCACGGGCCAAGGGAACAACAGCCGGGGAGGAGUGUCCCGGCUCAAGCCAGCCGUGCUCGACUACUUGCGGAAAAACAAGUACAGGUGGGACGCGUCCCCCUCAUUCGUCGAUUCUUUUUGGCCACAAUGCGAAGAAGGCCUGUCGCGGACCUUUUUAUUCCUGCGUGAAAUAACGACGCCCUGUGAUUAAAUCGCCGAGAAUGCUCCCGAUCUCAUCGGAUCUGGAAAGCUCGGCAGGUUUGGGGUUGAGCCUGGAUAGUGCAUCCGUCAGCGACCACCGUUGCUGCCAGGUUUUUGUUGGUUGCGGCUGCCGUGCUAAUGGGGGGUGGUCAUCAGAGCGCAAGGAAGCAAAAUCCAUUAUUGCACUGUACUUUAACGUUCCCAUAUCUAUGCUCAACUUCUCCUACCCGCACCGGUCCAGGAACCCUCAUGACCAAUAAUGAUGUGUGUGGGGUGCAGACUCCAUUCAGUCCUGGAUUGACAAAGGGUUGUGGGUAAAACUAUUGAAGCCCAUAAGCUGGUCACCACAUUGUCCUCUCCAAUGUGGCAGAGCUACGGAACCACGUGUUUGUGCGCACCACAGCUCCAAACGAGCAUUUCCCCAAGCUUCAUUGCUUGGUACCCCUCCCAUGGUGCAGCUUUUCAUGAUUACAAGUCAUUGGGUGUGUGCAAUGUGUGACGGGUUAAUUUAAAUUGCAUAUCAGUGGAAUAUAUUGGUAAAAUGGGGAAAGGCUUGCCUGUGAGGGUUGCGAGGCCUGGCAUUUUUUUGAACACUUGUAUACUAAAUCCCCUUAUUAUUUAUCCACUACGGUCUUUUGUUUGAUCUCAGACCUUGAGCUGAACUUAACCACUCGCUAUUCGGAAUGUCAACUACCGUACUUACCAAAUGAACGAAUGGUCAGCGGUGGUAUAGGAUCCUCUGUGUCAAGUGUCGUUUUGGCACUUGCUUGAAAAGAGGGAGAAAGCGACAAUUGAAGUGAUGUCAUGAGUUGUGGUUUGAUCGCACGGCUGUGCUAUUGAAGCUUAAAGCAGAGCUCUGUACCAGCAGAAGGCAGGUGGUUGCAAUACACUGACUGGACCCUUUGAAGUGCUUGCGUAAUACAGUCAACGGUAAAGCAUUUUAGUUUGCUUCACAAGCCGCCACGUUCAUAUAUUUUGCUGUUGACCGGGACCCCCAAGGGGAUGACUUGGCUGCCAGUGGAAGACUUGUACAGCAAGUAGUUUUUUUGACCUGUGUGCAGAUGUUGAAUGUUUCUCCUCUCGUAUCAGCGAAUUCUCUUUGGGCAUUCUGGUCACCUUCGGACACUUUAUAUGCAAAGCCACACGUUGUGAAAAGAAAGACCCUUCUGAAAAAAUACUCGGGAGGCGUUUUGGCAACAAAUGAAGAAGUUAUUAUACUUUGGGAGACCUUAAUAUGGCAGUCGAUUGAUCAAGGCUGAUAGCGACUGAUGGCACAUGCCUAUUCACUAUUAUAAAUGGUUGACUUCAUUGGCACUCAAUUUUUAAGCUGGGUCCAUGGAUGUUAAAAUUGAAAAUGAUAGUGGAACAUUUCCUUUGUUAUUUUAGUUAAUGUUGCACCUGAAAUGUUUGAGCUGUUUACCAGUGAAAAAUAAUUGCAGGCAUGUAAUAAAUGAUUAAAAUUGACUUAUGCUCGUGUGAUACAUGAAUAGAAGUGUUUUAACGAUACAUCAUUUAUAAACGCAUGCAAAUCGCAUGCUAACAGUCCUUUAUGAUAAGGAUAGCAAGACAAAACAUGGGAGCACGAUACAAACGAGACAAUCUAUAUGGGACAAAGCAAAGAGAACGCAUUCGUUUGAAGGUAGAAUACAUUCUUGAUUUGAAUGCAGUGAAUCAAAGUGGUGAUAUGGUGCGGGCUUGUGGUGAAUCGUUCCAUGCCUAAUAAAGUAUCCAGUGUUGAAUUGUUGC